CAAAGUCGUCACUCUAUUUCGGAAGAUGUCGUCUAGUUUUUCUUUGAAAAGUACGACGCCGCGCCGGCGCGGAAAGUAAUUUCAAAGCAAAGCGCCGUCGUCUUAUGCACUAAAGCGCCCAGAGAUGGUAGUAGCUUCGUAGCAGUGCAAAAAUGGCGUCCGCGACAAAACUUCUUUCUCCGUUUCGGAAAUCCCUAAGUUCACUAAUCUCUUCCCGCUCCUCAAUCUCUCCUUCCAGGCAAUUCUAUUAUGCCAAGUUUGAACCAGUACUGCGGAAUCGCGCCUCAACGUUUCAUCGUUACUUCAAUUUGCAAAACAAUUCUCUUGAGAAAUUCUGGUUUUCAGGAAGUAAGUUGAGAUACGGAAGCAUUCUUGGUGUGACGGUUUUGUUUUGGUCAGUCAGCUUCUUGCCAAAUGCUGCAUAUGCUGUGGAAGGCCAGGAUAUGUUGGUGAAUGAUCAUAAUUUGGGAGCGCCGGGUGCUUUGGAUGUGGAGGAAGAUAGAAGGGAAUUCAGGAAGUUUAUGAGGAAAUUAUGGCUGCCUUUCUUUUUUUGUAUUACUGCGUUGGCGUGCUGGGAUCAUCAUAUUACACCGCUUGGAUUGAAGCUUGCUCUUUUCCUCCUGAGCACCAAGCCUAAUCCUUUGUCAGUUUAUGUUUUUGUGGAAGAGUUAUGUCAUCGGCUCAAGCGCAAAGAUCCUUGCUUGCAUAACAAGCCAUUGUUCGCGCAUAAGGUUGAAGUUGAAGACUUUAAGCUUCUAUGUCUUGCUAAAGUUGAAGUGCAAGACCAGAAGUUCACUUUGGUUGGAAUUCUUGGUGGUUGGUGGCAUGUGCCAACUUUGGACGCAAUCAAGGAUCAUCUUGUAUGUUCUCAUAAAGCGGUCACUAAAGCAUAUACUUGAAAGGAAAGAAAACCGUGUAAGUUCAGUGUCGUUUUAUCGAGCUUCAUUCAACAUUUUUCUGGUUUUCUUCCACCCCCUCCCCCAAGUGCAUAGAAAAAUUCAGUGCAACGAAAGAGGUGGUAUGCCAACUAUAGUAUAGUAGCUGCCAAAUUGUAGUCUUAUUCAGUACUUUUAGAACAACAAUCUACCCAUAAAUGAAGGCCAGUCAUAUUCUGCA